AUGGCUGAAAAUUCAAACCUCGAACCUGUCCUGUUAAAUGGACGGACGUUGGAAGGAGGUGGACAGCUAGUUCGCAUUGCCGUUGGUCUCUCUGCCCUAACCGGUCGCCCUGUCAGUAUCGAAAAUGUUCGCGCCAACCGACCGGGAAAAAAAGGGCUAAAGCGCUCUCAUGCUGCAGCAGUGACCUUACUGGCCAGUAUGAGUGGCAGCAAAGUAACCGGCGGCGAAGUUGGCUCUCAAUUCUUGACUUUCUUCCCCCAAUCAGCAAAAUCGCCAAGUGGCCCACUGGUCGAUUUGACACAAGUCAGCGUGAAACCAGAAUACGAUAUCAACAUUGCAACGGCUGGCGCCAUUUGCCUUGUGUUCCAGGCCCUGUACCCAUAUAUUCUGUAUGUUGGAUCGCAGGCACCCGCGCCCUUUGUCAAAGUCAAGAUAACGGGUGGAACCAAUCCUUCCAAGUCACCAUCGUAUGAUUAUCUUGCUCAGGUCAUUGUGCCCAAUUUUGCGAAGCUAGGGCUUCCGCCCCUUUCUGUCACGCUUCACAAGCGCGGAUGGUCAUCGGGACCAGUCGAUCUUGGGGCAAUGACUUUCCAGAUUCAUCCUUUGACAUCCAAAGAUGUCUCUAGGCCUAAAUCUUCAUCGAAGCUGUCGGAUUCCGAAGCGCAAAGCUUCGAUGCAGGCAGAUUUCCAAAGAUUGACAUCAUGGACCAUGAGAGAGGGAAGAUCACACAAAUUGAUAUCACGGUCCUCGCACCGGAUCAUAUCCGAUUAGAGGCCGAUAGUCUGAGCAAAGAGGUGUGUACCUUGCGGAAGCAUAUCGAGCAAACCGCGAGACAAGCACUGCGUAGUGCAACGAGGAAGAUCCAUCCGUCCACAUUUGCACCACGACAAACCUUGUCCUCGCCCGAAUCUUCCGAUGAUGACGGGGAACCGGAAAUUGCAGUCCCCGUCCGGAUGCAUACAUCGGAAGCUACAUAUCACCACUCUCAUGUGUAUCUCCUUCUGGUGGCUCAUACGUCCACCGGGUUCCGUAUUGGACACGAUACCCUAGGCAGUUUGGGAAGUGGUCGGGCCAAAAAGCAGAAAAACAAAGGAAGAAACAAGCAGCGUUUGAUCCACGAUGAUCGACACGCCUUUGAGAAGGAUGUGUUUUCUGGAGCGACCGAAAUGGUUAGGGGCUGCGUUGAAGGUUUCAUCCGGGAGAUCUCAAACGGGAUCCCAGCCGCCGAGUCCGAUUCGGUGAUAACUCCCGAGAAGAAGGCCUGUCUAGACCAGCACAUGAGAGACCAGAUUGUGGUUUUCGAGGCUCUUGGCGAAGCGUGUCACGGGACAAUCUCCGAAACAGCCAACGAGAUACGAGAAGACGGUCGAGAUUGGACGUUGCACACGAGGACGGCACAGUGGGUGUGUCGGCAAGUUUUGGGUGAAGGAAACGGUCUGUGA